AUGUCGUUGAAGCACGUCGUCACCAAAAACGCGCCCGCAUCGCCAGUUCCAGGAUUGUUUGCUCAAGCAGUGCGAGCGGGCCCAUUUCUAUAUACACAAGGAACUCCUGGCGCUCGUCCCGACGGUACUAUGGUCGAGGGGACGAUCGCAGAUCGUACAAGACAAGCCAUAAAGAACCUAGAACAGAUAUUGGUAGUUGAGGGAAUGACCCUUAACGACGUUGUAAAGGCGACCAUCUUCAUCAAGAAUUUUGAUGAGAAUUUUCCUUUGGUCAACCAGGUAUGGGAAGAGAUGAUGCCGGAGCCUCGUCCAACACGAACGACCGUGGGUGUUGCUCAACUACCGGCUGGGGGCACGGAUAUUGAGAUUGAAUUCGUUGGUUAUAAAGCUUGA